GCGAACAAAAGCAAUCGAACCUGUAUGAUUACAGGAAAAGAGAAAAUAAAGUAAAAUUUUGAUCACCUAUCAAGGUGUUGAAACAGGUGAACAAGCUUUAUAAUAAAAGUGUAAGGAUCCAAACGUUUGCUGCUGCGUGGCCUGUUCCCUAGUGACAAUUUGUGCUGCGAAAGUUACAAGCCAAAGUGCAAAUGAUAACUCAUGAAUAUGAAAUUUUGAGUGAUAAAUUUUGGAACAAAUUUACUGCGUGAUAUGCAAAUUCCUUACAGUGUGACAAACAACGCAGUUGAAGAACGAAAACGAGCGUCGAUAAACUAAAAAUAGAUUUUCCUGUUUGUGACAAGAGAAAUUUUUCUCUAAAUGUAAACUGAUUGAUAAGAAAGGUGAAGAUAACCACUAAAUUUCAUCCCUUCUGUGCGGGUGGCAGCUACUAAGGGACGGCCUUGAAAACUCUGUGAACGUGUCGUAAUUGGCAGGCUGUUGUGAUGAACGAAAACCGCUUCACUAAUUACCUUCAGCAAGGACCAGCGCAGCAAAUGCGUCAGUAUCAGCACCAGUGUCGGAUAUGCGGAUCGACGGACGGUCUACGGCGUUGCAGCCGCUGCCAGGUUGCUUACUACUGUUCGCAAGAACAUCAGCGUCUGGAUUGGAAGCUGCACAAGCUGGAGUGUCGAUCGAUUCAACUGCUUCCGAAUAAUGGCCAGCAACUACAGUACGGUGAGACCACUUCCGCCUGCAGGCCUUCACUUCAAUCUAGCUCAAGAACGGAGCCAACAAUCUUCCAACAGCAGCAGCAGCAGCAGCGGGCGACAUCGCUUGGCGGAAUGGUGUACGACGGCGGUCGCACUGCUGCACAAAGUGGCGUACGUGAUGAAAAUUUGUCAACAAACGGAUUGCGAACCACUAACACUGGCAUGAUGGUGAUGGAUGGAGUCGUUUGUACGCGAGCGCCGUCGACGGUAUCUUCACCCACACAGCUGCAACUUGUGACGACGACGACGACCACGACGUCUUCGAUUGUGAACGUCGAGGAUGAACUGCUGUUGAGCGACAAUGCAGUAUCGAAGUUGUACGCCAGCGAGUCGGUAGAGGAAUUGGUAGAUUUGGAUCAGAUCGACGUGGAUCACAUUUUAAACGAAAAUAAUUUCCUCAACAAUCUGAAUUUUUUGGACGAAAAUCCCAGCGUGUCAGAGAGUGUGGACAAUAGCAGCAUCGACUACGGUCGUACCGGUGAAACGAGUGCCAUUGGGAAUAACAGAAGCACAAGUGCGGAUAGGUUUGCUAUCGGAACAAACGAACUAACCAGUGAAGGGACACAGAACAACCAGGUUGAGGUGUUGCUUAACGAAGACGACGAAAUGCAGCUAACACAAACGGUAGCGGUUGCUUCGCCACUGUCUGGGCAGAGUCAGCUUUCCGGCAGUGGAUCACCGAUAAUGAUGGGAAGCAACAGCAGUAGUAAUGCCAGUACGGACGAAAGUGUCAGUGCCUUGCUCAACGCGAAGAUCGACAAUCUGUUAGGACUCGGCCAGCCGGCCGGCACCAGCUCUGAUGAUGAUGCUCUGCUUGCCGACCUUGAGCAAGAGAGCUUGGACGAGGCAUGCAGCAGUUUGGUUCGGGACAUGAACGAAUACGGCGUUUGUGUGCUGGAUAGUUUCCUCGGUCCGGAGCGUGGUAUGAAGGUGUUGGAGGAGGUUACCGGCAUGUACUCGUCCGGAGUGUUUCGGGACGGUCAACUGGUUUCUAAUCGGGUCGGGAUGAAUAUGCGACACAUCCGCGGAGACAAGAUAACCUGGAUCGGAGGGAAGGAAGCGGGUUGCAGCAAUAUCGGCUAUUUGAUUAAUCGGGUGGAUGCUGUCAUUACGAACUGUCGACGGAUGAAGAACAACGGUAAACUUGGGCAGCACAAUAUUCGAGAACGAACGAAGGCGAUGGUAGCCUGCUAUCCUGGAUCCGGCUCACACUACGUCAAACACGUGGACAAUCCGAACCGGGACGGUCGUUGCAUCACUGCCAUCUACUACCUCAAUCUCGAUUGGGACGUACAGAAGAGUGGUGGCCUCUUGCGGAUUUUCCCGGAAGGCUGCCACGACCGAGUAGCCGACAUCGAACCUGUAUUCGAUAGGAUACUAUUUUUCUGGUCUGACCGACGGAAUCCGCACGAGGUGCAACCAGCUCAUCGAACCCGCUAUGCCAUCACCCUGUGGUAUUUGGAUGCCGAAGAACGGGAAUCGGCCCGCCUGCGAUACCAGCGGGAUUACGAUAGCAAGAGAUUCAACGCGUGAGACCGGCGGCUAGGUUCGAUAUUCGUUGUUCGAAAAGUUCUUGUACCAGUCACACCCAUUAGCACUCAGCGCAUGCACAUGCAGGACGGAUAGAACUCUAUAUUACGUUACGACAGCUAGAAGGACAAGUGCGCUGCCUGCAGGGCUAACAUAAGCGCUUCGAACCGUUGAUUUAGGAUACCAAAAAAUGUGAUACUCUAUUGCUGAUUUUAUUGCAAAUCAAAUGUUAUUAUUUUUCCAAUGUAUUUCUGUUGUUAUGUACAUAGAAGAACAAAAGCGAUAACCAGUAGCUUUUUUUACUAAAUACUUGAAAAAUUAGUCAAAUGAUAGGCAUAAGGCACGAACUGUUCCAAACAGAUGCAAGAGACCGGUCGCACCGAUUAAACGACGAAAGUAUCAGGUCUAUUGUAACAUUAGUCAAAUUAUUCACCAUAUAAGUUAUCAUCGUGAAAUGUAGGUUAGCAUUUUAUCCAUGUGAAUUGAAAAAUUUUUUGAUUCAAAAAACAUCAGUACAUUGAUACCAAGAAAAGUUUUUUAUGGCAAGUUGGUGUUUGGUUCUAGAUUAAGCUUUGUAUACAAAAAAUAAUACGUUUGAUUGAAGCAAACAAAAUUUACCCCUGAUUCAGAAAUAAACCGAAGGAUUGUUUCGGAAAUUUGCCAAGCUGUGUAACAAACAAAAUGUUUAAAAAUUCUUGACAUUGUAACAA